GACUCUACAUCCUCUUGCAUCGCUCGAGGAGCUGCACUCACUCAAUCCUCUUCUCUCCCCCCCCUCAGCUCUCGCAACGAGUCCAUCUUUGUGACUGAGUGAGUGAGCGAGUGAGUGAGUGAGUGAGUGCAGGUGUGGCAGCGUUGGGUGCCAAUUGACCGGGCUACAGCGACUUGAGCCAUGGCUACGAUGAAGAUUGCUGUGGCUGCGGUCGCGGGUACGCCUGCUGCUGCUGUGGGGACACGCAGCGCUGCUGCAACUGAGACGGCUCGCCUUUGUGCUUCAUCCGCUCAGGGUUUGGGUUUGAGCACAUUUGUGGGUUUGCGAGCUGGAAGCAACGCGUCUCGCGGUGUUACUCCUCGGGUGCGGCCAUUGAAGGCCGAGAACAGCUCCGUGCGAGCUGCUUCGUCUGUGGAGACGGUGGAGAAGACUGAUGUCGCGGUGGUAGAGAAGUCUGUCAAUACAAUCCGGUUCUUGGCUAUUGAUGCCGUGGAGAAGGCUAAUUCCGGACACCCCGGGCUACCCAUGGGAUGUGCUCCCAUGGGCCACAUUUUGUACGACGAGGUGAUGAAGUACAACCCGAAGAACCCAUACUGGUUCAACAGGGAUCGAUUCGUUCUGUCCGCCGGUCACGGUUGUAUGCUCCAGUAUGCCCUUCUUCACCUGGCAGGAUACGACAGUGUCACGACUGAGGACUUAAAGCAAUUUAGGCAGUGGGGCAGCAAGACGCCUGGACACCCCGAGAAUUUUGAGACCCCAGGAGUGGAGGUGACCACCGGCCCUCUUGGAAUGGGAAUUGCCAACGCCGUCGGUUUGGCUUUGGCUGAAUCUAAUUUGGCCGCCCGUUUCAACAAGCCUGACGCAAAGAUCGUUGACCACUACACAUACUGUAUCCUUGGAGACGGUUGCAACAUGGAAGGUAUCUCCAACGAGGCUGCUUCAUUGGCAGGUCAUUGGGGUUUGGGAAAGCUCAUCUGUUUGUACGAUGACAACCACAUUUCCAUUGACGGAGACACUGAUAUCGCCUUCACGGAAAGCGUAGACCGCAGAUUUGAUGCACUCGGAUGGCACACUAUCUGGGUCCAGAAUGGAAACGAUGACUACGAUGCUAUCCGAGCUGCCAUCGAGGAGGCGAAGUCAGUAACUGAUAAGCCCACAAUGAUCAAGGUGACAACCACAAUCGGAUAUGGUUCACCAAACAAGGCCAACUCAUACGCUGUGCAUGGUGCCGCUCUGGGAACAAAAGAAGUAGAUGCAACCCGCCAAAACCUUAAAUGGGACCAUGAGCCUUUCUUCGUUCCCGAGGAGGUCAAGAGUCACUGGAGCAAGCACAUCGAUCUUGGAUCCAAGCUGGAAUCUGACUGGGAAGCUGCCCUUGAGGCGUACUCGAAGUCAUACCCCGAAGAGGCUGCAGAGUUUAAACAGCUGAUUAGCUUGGAAUUGCCAGCGGGCUGGGACACUUCUCUCCCUGCCUUCACCCCUGAAGACGCUGGCGAUGCUACCCGUAACUUGUCUCAAAGGUGUUUGAACGCCUUGGCAAGGACAUUGCCUGGUCUUAUUGGAGGAAGUGCUGAUUUGGCGUCAUCAAACAUGACUUUGAUGAAGAUGUUCGGGGACUACCAGAAGAGCACGCCAGGUGAACGCAAUGUUAGAUUCGGAGUUAGGGAGCAAGCCAUGGGCGCCAUCUGCAACGGCAUUCUCUUGCACAGGAGCGGAUUGAUCCCUUACUGCGCAACCUUCUUCAUCUUUACCGACUAUCUGAGAUCGGCAAUGAGAAUUUCUGCUCUGUCCGAGGCGGGUGUGAUUUACGUCAUGACCCACGAUUCCAUCGGCCUGGGUGAAGAUGGACCUACCCAUCAGCCUAUCGAGCAUUUGGCCAGUUUCAGGGCCAUGCCCCAGAUGUUGAUGUUCAGGCCAGCUGAUGGAAAUGAAACGUCAGGCGCUUACAAGGUGGCCGUGCAGAACAGGACCAGGCCUUCCACGUUGGCCCUCUCCAGGCAGAAACUGCCAAAUCUUGCUGGAACCUCCAUCGACAACGUUGCCUUGGGAGGUUAUAAGCUGUCUUGCAACUCUACAGACAACAAGCCCGACCUCAUCAUCUUGGCCACGGGUUCAGAGCUUGAGAUCGCAGCGAAGGCCGCGGACAUCAUCCGUGGGGAAGGCAAGACGGUGCGAGUGGUGUCGUUUGUGUGCUGGGAGUUGUACGAGGAGCAGAGUGCGGAGUACAAGGAGAGUGUUUUGCCGAAGGCAGUGACUGCCAGGGUGUCGAUCGAGGCUGGAUCAACCUUUGGGUGGGAGAGAUACGUUGGCCUCAAGGGCAAAAGCAUUGGUAUCGACCGCUUCGGAGCCAGUGCCCCUGCUGGCACCCUGUACAAGGAGUUCGGAUUCACCGUAGAGAAUCUCCUGGCGAAGGCGAAAGAAGUGAUGGGUGCUUAAACAUGUUUUGAAGCAGCGGCGAAACGAAUCUGAUAGAUCUGCUGCAGCUGGAUUAAUUACCUACCAUGCAGAAUGUACCGGGAGUUCGUUCUGAUUGCAGAGUCGUACUGGUAUAACUAGUUUGUUGUUUUCGAGCAUAGGCAAUCGUAGCUUUCAGCUGAAGUUGAUAUUGAGGUUUUGUAUCGUAGAUUCCAUGCCCUUCACCCUGGUAGGUUGGUUUAGCCGAUGUGCUGAUGUAUUUGAAAGAAUGUCACAGAUCGCUAUCCUUGCUACUGUACAGUUUGGAGAGAUGGUAGAGUUAGAUACCGAAGUGUAAAUGACCGAAGUUAUCAGCUAUGGCAAUGUUGACAUUCCACUUGUGACACUAUUGAUUGAAUUUUUUUUUGUAUUUUAAACCAUUUCCUAUGAUAUAAAAUAUGUUAAGUGCUGGUUAUGCUA